AUGUUCGAUUCCUACAAAGAAUUUGCUGACCGCAAUUAUUGUGCACUCUUCAUUCCAUUAUUUCCCGAAGGUUACAGUUAUCAGAAACUGAUUGAUUCAUCGACGAAUCGCCGGUACGAUCUCCUGCUACUCGAUAUGAUCGAUGAAAUUACUAUUAAAAAUACGAAUAUCGAUACUCGAAAAUUUCUUCUCCAUGGUUAUAGUGCUGGUGGCCAGUUCGUACAUCGUUUCGCCUAUUUACAUGCAAAUCGAUUGCUGGCUCUCUCAGUUGGUGCACCAGGUUCAAUUACACUGAUCGAUGAGAGCCGGGCAUGGCCGAGUGGAACAAAAGAUCUAAGUACAAUUUUCGGUGACGUCGACGUGCAGACACUCAAAACUCUACCGAUUCAAAUCUGUGUGGGAGCUAGAGAUCAUCGGCUGAAGACGGCUGAGAGAUUGGAAAGAAAUUUUGUGCAAGAAAUUGGUUUGAAAAAAGUAAAAUUUGAUAUUGUAUCAGAUGCAGGACACGAUAGUUCAAAGAUGAAAUACGUUGUUAGUGAAUUUUUUCAAAAAGUUUUGAACAAUAACCUAUAG